GCCCUCAACAGGCCUCAGAAAAAGAGAGGGGGAAAAGACGGAAGCGGAGAGUCCGCGCAUGCGCCUCCUGCUCCCUCCUCACACACACCAGACCGGGAUGGGGGGCAAAGCGGGUCCGUCGUGGCGCCGGAAGGGAGCCGAGCCGUCCUGCGGAUCCCCACUCCCACCUCGUCAGGCAUGAUGGACAGGUAACAAGAUCUUGUGUUGCUGUGCUGCCAGAGAGUAAGAAUGACAGAGUGCUUUCUGCCUCCAACCAGCAGCCCUAGUGAGCACCGCAGGGUGGAACAUGGCGGGAGCCUUGCACGGACCCCAAGCUCUGAAGAGAUCAGCCCAACCAAAUUCCCCGGCUUAUAUCGAACCGGUGAACCUUCACCCCCUCAUGACAGCCUUCAUGAACCUCCAGACAUAGUGUCUGAUGAUGAGAAAGAGCAUGGGAAGAAAAAAGGAAAAUUUAAGAAGAAGGAGAAAAGAACGGAAGGUUACGCAGCUUUCCAGGAAGACAGCUCUGGAGAUGAAGCUGAAAGUCCGUCCAAGUUAAAGCGCUCCAAGGGGAUUCAUGUUUUCAAGAAACCAAGUUUCUCCAAAAAGAAGGAAAAAGAUUUUAAAAUCAAAGAAAAACCAAAAGAUGAAAAGCAUAAAGAGGACAAGCACAAGGAGGAAAAGCAUAAAGAGAAGAAAUCAAAAGACUUAACAGCAGCAGAUGUUGUCAAACAGUGGAAAGAGAAGAAGAAAAAGAAGAAACCAACUCAGGAGACAGAUGUCCCACCAGUGGAUAUUCCCAGCUAUCGACCUGUGUUUGGAAUCCCUUUGGCAGAUGCUGCCGAAAGGACCAUGUUGUAUGAUGGCAUACGUUUGCCUGCAGUUUUUCGGGAAUGUAUUGAUUAUGUAGAGAAAUAUGGCAUGAAAUGUGAAGGCAUCUACAGAGUUUCAGGAAUUAAAUCCAAGGUGGAUGAACUAAAAGCAGCAUAUGACCGAGAAGAAUCCCCCAACCUGGAGGAGUAUGAGCCCAACACUGUUGCCAGCUUGUUGAAACAAUACCUGCGUGAACUGCCUGAGAACUUGCUUACCAAAGAGCUGAUGCCUCGCUUUGAAGAUGCCUGUGGCAAGAGUUUGGAGGCUGAGAAACUGCAGGAGUGUCAGCGUCUCCUGAAAGAGCUGCCAGAGUGCAACUUUCUCCUGAUCUCCUGGCUGAUUGUGCAUAUGGACCAUGUAAUUGCAAAGGAGCUGGAAACAAAAAUGAAUAUCCAGAACAUUUCCAUCGUACUCAGUCCAACUGUUCAGAUCAGCAACCGUGUCUUGUACAUGUUUUUCACUCAUGUCCAAGAAUUUUUUGGAAAUGUGGUUUUAAAGCCAGUAACAAAACCACUUCGCUGGUCCAACAUGGCUACAAUGCCAGCAUUGCCUGAAACCCCAGAAAGCAUCAAAGAAGAAAUUAGAAGACAGGAGUUCCUUUUGAAUUGUUUGCACCGAGACCUACAGGUGGGGAUCAAAGAUUUAUCCAAAGAGGAGAGAUUAUGGGAAGUGCAACGAAUUUUGACUGCACUCAAAAGGAAACUAAGGGAAGCUAAAAGACAAGAGUGCGAAACAAAGAUUGCACGAGAGAUUGCCAGCCUUUCAAAGGAAGAUGUUUCCAAAGAGGAAAUGAAUGAGAAUGAAGAAGUUAUUAAUAUUCUUCUCGCUCAGGAGAAUGAGAUUUUGACAGAACAAGAAGAGCUGAUAGCAAUGGAACAGUUUCUGCGUCGACAAAUUGCCUCUGAGAAGGAGGAGAUAGAUCGCCUCAGAGCUGAAAUAGCAGAAAUGCAAAGUCGCCAGCAUGGUCGAAGUGAAACUGAAGAAUAUUCUUCUGAGAGUGAGAGUGAGAGUGAAGAUGAGGAGGAACUGCAGAUAAUCUUGGAAGAUUUGCAAAGGCAGAAUGAAGAACUAGAGAUUAAGAACAACCAUCUGAACCAAGCGAUUCAUGAGGAGCGAGAGGCCAUCAUUGAAUUGCGAGUGCAGCUUCGGCUCUUGCAGAUGCAGAGAGCCAAAUCAGAGCAGCAGGUGCAGGAAGAAGAGGAGCUUGAGAAACGGGGGAGUGUGUCUCAGCCACUGCCGCAGCCGCCAAGAGAUGUUGUCCCAGAGACAAAGGCAGCAAAAGAGCAGCCAAAGGCAAUCAAGGAGCCUGUGAAGCCAUCGCCAAGCAAGGACAGAAAGGAAACACCAAUUUAAUUGGAUUCCUGAGGUAUUCAAGAUAUUACCUGGGUGGAGCCAGGACUGUGCAGCUUACUGUAAAUUUGAGGCUUUGUAUAUUCUGUAAAUAUUUCUGUCUUUUACAACCUGGAGUCAUUUUGUCUCCUUACUUGUGGCUUCUGCCUAUCAGGCUCAGGUUACUUAGAAAGACAAAGCAAAUUGAAAUGAGGCAGAAGGGUAUGCAGCACAGCAGUUAUAUAGCCAUGUCAGACACUCUUCAGGUGACCUUUAAUGAUUUAACAAUGUUAGUGACUCACUCUGGAGCAGUUGUGGAAAUUCUCUCAGGCAUUAUCUGCUCAGGGCUGCUUCACACAUGGUUUUUCACUGUGUAGAUGUGGUGGAAAAUGCAUUCCCAGCCUUGUACUUAACAACUCAUCCGGUAGCCAUUGGUAACUCGGAAUUCCCACAAGGCAAGUAAAUGACCUUGCCAGGGAGGAAGGAAAGGAUGGACGGAGCAAGCACUUUGUCCCUUCUCUGCAUUGUGCCCAUGGUAUCUAUGCAGGAUGGAUAGCCUCUUCCUCCAAGCCCAGUGUGGAAGGCAAACAGGCUUGUGAAGAACAGGUCACUGUUUCUUUCCUCUUCCUGUACAUGCCAUAGAAAGCUUUUUAAAAGAUUAGACAUUAAAAGGCUAGUAUCCUGCAUUUUUAUGCUGGCAGCAUUGAAGGAAUGUUCUGUCUCUCUCAAGUCAGCAUGGAAUGCAGGUUGCUAAGCUCUUUGCCUUUUGUGGGCUACCCUACAAGGCUGUACAUAUUCAUGAUGUGCAGACUGUGAUAGUGUGCAGAUUUUUCAGUGUGCACACAAAGUGGCUGCACUUUCAGCACCAGAAUCAGAAUGUAUGUACCUAUGAUCUGCCAUGGUCAUUUUUCCCUUGUAUAGGUAAAACAUCAUAUGUGUAGUAGUUAGUGGCUAAGGAUUGGGAGCUCCUGAUCAUACUUAUAUGGCCUGCAUUGGGAAUUUCUUGUUCGUUGUUAUUUCUGCUUUUAUUCACCUUUAUUUGUGCCUUUUGGUAACAGAGGAGCUUUAUAAAAUAGAAUUAUCAUGAGAAUUAAAUGUAACCUGAACAGGGGGGCAGGAUGUUUCUUCAAGUGCAAAAUAUGUUCUUUCUCAUUUGGCAUUUUAAAGCUCUGUGAAAUGUUAUGUAAAACUAAGCUGAAGAGCUUGGUAGGUGUAUCCCUAUAAAUGAAAGCGGUCCACAAGUAGCUGUUGAACUUUGGCAGUGCACUUAAUUAUAGGAGUGAUUAACUGGAGGAUGUCAAUUAAUUGUCAGUGAAAUUAUAAGCACUGUAUAAGUAUAUAGCAGACAGUUCCUUCAUGUGUUUAUCUUUUAAAAAAAUGUCAAUAAUCUAAAAAAACCCUAUAGGGACACCAAGCCUGGGACAUGGUUGGAGAUUAUCUUUGCUCCACCGAGUUUUUAAGGUGCCACCAGAUUUCCAGAGUCCAGUAGCGCUCAGUUUCCCAUCCAAACUUGGAGCUAAAGUGAUUGGUGGGACAUCGUGACCUGUCAUUGCAACAUGUAUUGCUGAGGAACAUGGAAGUUCUGGAAGAGCACCUCAGGAUAGCUCCAGAAGUUUCACUGUGCUUUGACACAUUUGGGAUGCCUAAGGUGCAGCAGAGGAAAAGGAAUGGUUGGCCAGUUCCACUCACAGUACUUCCUAGGCCUUGUUGAGUGUGGUUGCUGGGACAAGUGGCCACCUGCAAGCCCAGGAGGAAAGUUGUGGCUUGCUAUGCUUUCUAAGCAGCAGAGGGACACUACGCUGGAAGCCGUGAUGGAAGUGAGGGAGGAGUGUGCCAGAAGGAAACAAUGGCGCGCUCUCCCUACGGCGUGUGCCCUGUGCCGCUGCUGCCGUGCCUCCGCAGGCAUAAGCCCCAUUCAUUUGAAUGGGGCUUGAGCAUCCACGUUUUUUCCUUUACGCAGGGGAUCCGGAACAGAUCCCCUGCGUAAGGGAAGGGCAGACUGUAUUUCCGAAUUUCUAAAUGAUUAAACAUAGAGGACCAUGAUGGACACAAUAUAUCGACCCUGAGCAGGUAAUAUAGAUUUCUGUAUACAGAAGUUCAAGCUAUUGGGGUAGUCUAAAAAGAAAAAAAAAAAAACUGAGCCAAGGAUUCCUGAGCAGGUUUCAGCUUCCUUGUGCUUAGUGUUCCUCUUGUAAUUUGUCUUUCCGAGACGGCCAUUUUUAAAUACUUAAGACUCACUGAAAUGGCCGUCUCAGUAAUGAUGAACAGAAUUUCACAGGGUGCUUAUAGAUUAUUUAGUUUCUAGUCUGCAUAUUUAUUUGUUGGUGGGGUUAUUUUCUUUGCCUGUUGCACUGUGGGAAAUCAUUGGCCGUGAUUUAAUUUUUGUACAAAUAAUGCUUUGAGAAGCUACAGAGAACAGCCUAUUGUUUUGUUUUGAAUCUUGAAGAAAAUGAAUUACGGAGAUGGUCAGAUGACAGUUUGUAUGCAUAAAGCAUUUUCUUGGCCUGUUACAUACAUUUUAUAUAUUCUGGCAGUAUUUAAACCUUUUUGUUUUAAAUUCCCACUAAUUUCUAUUAAAUUGUUCAACAUUUAUGUAAUCAAUGUUCAUCAAGCAAGUCACUUGCUGUCAGUUAACUUCUGUUUUGUCAAGACCAUGUUAAUCAAGUAAAUAAAUUCAACAGCCAUCUA